CUGUACGUUAGUCUCCCUCUAGUGAUAUUAGCGAGAACUGACAGGCAUACUUUACCUGCAAGGAUUUUACCCCAACCUACAUAUUUCAGAAGUGCACUACAUUUUGGAGGCAAGGUACAGAAGGACUACCAAUCGUUAUAAUACAAUGAAUUCAUGGAUGUUGAGAGCAAUCAUUAUGUUUUUGUCAUUUACUUUUUUACUUGGGGCUGAGCAAGAAGAAGAAGACGUUCGUGCUGGUUGCAGGACAGCAGUGAAUGAUUUAGUCUACAUAAUCGACGGGUCCUGGAGUGUUGGAUACUCAAACUUUGACACUGCCAAGAGUUGGCUCAUUAACGUCACAAGCGGCUUUGAUGUAGGACCUCAGUUCACACAGGUGGCUGUUGUACAGUACAGUGAUACUCCAAGACUGGAGAUCCCACUGGACAAGCACCAGACAAGCAAAGAACUUGUUGAAGCGAUUGAAAAUAUUAAAUAUUUAGGAGGGAACACCCAAACUGGGAGAGCCAUCAAAUUUGCCACAAAUCAUGUAUUCCCAUCAUCCCAGAGGACUAAUACAGCAAAGAACCGGAUUGUCGUGGUUGUCACUGAUGGUAAAUCCCAGGAUGACGUUGUGGAUUCCUCCGUGGAAGCCAAGGCUCAGAACAUCAUAAUGUUUGCUGUGGGUGUCGGGUCUGAAAUUACAGAGUCAGAGCUGGUAUCCAUUGCCAACAAGCCGUCUUCUACUUAUGUGUUGUACGCAGAAGACUAUACUACCAUUGACAAGAUUAAAGAAGCAAUGCAGCAAAAGCUUUGUGAAGAGUCGGUGUGUCCUACAAGGAUACCUGUGGCAUCACGCGAUGAGAAGGGCUUUGAGUUGCUGGCAGGGUUUAAAAUCGACCAGAAAGUGCAGAAAGCACCAGGUUCUCUGGCAUCAGAGGUAGCAUUCCUUCUCACUUCUGACGUGGAUAUCACUGAGAAUACCAGAGACAUAUUUCCUGAGGGCCUGCCACCAUCAUACGUUUUUGUGGCCACUCUACGGCUAAAAUCACCCACUAACAAAGAAAAGUUUGACUUGUGGAGAAUACUUUCUAAGGAUGGCGUUUUCCAGGCAGCCGUUACAAUCGAUGGUGGAGAAAAAUCAGUAGCCUUCACAACUACCAGUAUUAUCAAUGAGCUGCAGUCAGUUAUUUUUAAAGAUGGGCACAUAAAGAAACUGUUUGAUGAAGACUGGCACCAGCUAAAGCUGCUUGUGAGGGAGCUGCACGUUACCUGCUACCUAGAUGACGUCCUCAUUCAGAAGAAACCUCUGGAGCAAGUCAUUCCCAUCUUCAUCAACGGAAAGACACAGGUCGCCAAGCGAGUGAGGAAGGAGACAACGGUGUCUAUAGAGAUACAGAAACUAAGACUCUAUUGUGAUCCUCAACAAAGUGAAAGGGAGACAGCAUGUGAAAUCUACUCAGUGGAUGAUGAAAGGUGCCCCUUGGAUAGAUCACCUUCUAUCUCCAAGAGCGAAUGUCCCCCUGGGGAGCCAGGAUUACCAGGGCUACGUGGACCAAAGGGAUUCAAAGGAGAAAGAGGGAAAGCCGGUCCCCCUGGAGCUGAGGGUAAGCCUGGGACCCCAGGAGAGCGUGGAUUUCCCGGAACACCUGGAUUGCCAGGAGAACAGGGUCUACCUGGAUUAACUGGGACUAAAGGGACACCUGGCCCACCAGGAAUUCAAGGUGAAAAAGGACGAACAGGUUUACCAGGCAAAGCAGGCCCACCAGGACCUAUGGGACCAGAAGGGCUACCAGGACGCUCAGGGAGUACUGGGAUACCUGCGAAAAAGGGCUCCAAAGGCGAAAAGGGCAUUACAGGCUUUCCUGGGCCACAAGGUUCUGUGGGGGAACCUGGGAACCCUGGAAAGAAUGGGCUUCCUGGACUACCUGGGUCAAAGGGAGAGAGAGGUGACCCAGGUGAACCCGGGACAGAUGGACUGCGAGGACAACUGGGCUACCGUGGUCUUCCUGGACCUUCUGGACCAGCGGGGCCCAAGGGGGAGCGUGGUAUCACAGGCCCCAAAGGAGCAAUGGGACCACAAGGACCACAGGGUAUUCAAGGACCUCUAGGUCCACCUGGGGUUGAAGGGCAUGAGGGACCCAAGGGUGUUCCAGGGGUGCGAGGUGUACCAGGACUCACAGGUCAUUCAGGAGAAAAAGGAAUACCAGGAGAGCAAGGUCUCCAGGGUUUACCUGGACCAAUGGGCAAUCCUGGACUAAAAGGACAUAAGGGUGAAACUGGAGACCCUGGAGAUAAAGGAAAUCAGGGUGACCAUGGUGUAGCUGGAAGUCCUGGAGCCCCUGGAGUACAAGGCCAAGCUGGACGCAAUGGAGAAAAAGGAGAGAAAGGCAAACCUGGAGAUGCUGGAGGAAGAGGGACUCAGGGGAUUAAGGGAGACUUUGGACCAAUUGGACCAGUUGGACCUCGUGGACCUCCAGGACAAGAAGGGUUACCAGGACAACCAGGCAUACCUGGGUUUCCAGGGAAACCUGGAAAGCCUUUAACAGAUGAACAUGUAAUAAAGCUCUGCACUGAUGUUCUUAGGAACCAAUUACCUCAGUUUCUUCAAACCAUGAAACCUGCGUGUCAACAAUGUGAAACAAAGCCUGGGUCACCAGGUUCGCCGGGGCCGGCCGGUCCCCAGGGAGCCACCGGAAGCCCUGGGUAUCCAGGAAGGGUGGGAAGGCAGGGGUACCCAGGGGCACCUGGAAUGCAUGGUGCUCCAGGAAUAAAAGGUAAUAUUGGACAGAAGGGAGACACGAGGUUUAAAAGGUGAAGGGCACCCUGGUUUACCUGGCCCGCCUGGUCCAGCAGGUCCUGAAGGGCCACAAGGGAGGCCUGGUGAAGGUCUUAUGGGAGCCCCUGGAGAGUCAGGCAAAGUUGGGUCACCUGGCACCCCAGGAAGGCAUGGCGAACCUGGUACACCAGGCAUCUGUGACAUGACAAGCUGCAACAGUGCCUACAACCGGCUCAGAAACAACCCCUUCAACAAAGGACCAAACUUCUAAAGGCCUUGGCAGACUUGCUAAGGAACAGCUGGCAUUUUCAUCUCACCCUUUGAUUUGGUGUGAUGUUGGGUGGGUGGGGCGCAUUUCAGUCUCAGGAACGAUGUUUUGAAUAUGCCUAUGCCUUAAAAAAAACAGUUAUGUAUUUCAUUUUAUUGACUUAUAAGCCAAUUUUGAUAUUUGAUAUAAUUUACCUGACAUUUGAUAAUUUACCAGCUCCUAAAAGGAGUGUAGGCAAGUAUACUGAAAAACAUAAACAUAGAGUUCAGAGCAACUUAUAUGAAAAUCCUUUGUAGUGGCUAAAGAUGUAUGGCUUUGGGUAAAGUGAAUUUUUUGCAUCACGAUGGUGUCAUUCUCAAGCCAUCAAAAAAUGUCAAUUAACCGCAACCUGAUAAGGUUGUAUUUCAGCUUGUGGGCCAAACAUAUAUAAGGUCAUAGACAAAAGUAUUGGCACCCUACUCUUAUAAUUCAAGGUAACAGAUUAAGGACAAGCAUUAAAGUCUUUUUAAUAAA